GCAAAGUUACAUCAUAUUUCAUCCACGUCAUGGAGCAGCACAAAGAUAAAAACUUUAUUUUAGCACCAUAUCAUCAAGACUCUCAUUGGUUACUUUUGGUGAUUUGCAUACGGUCAAAAAGCGUAUGUAUCUUGGAUCCCUUGCCUUCUAAUCGCAACAUAGGUUUAAUUAAAGGCUCUGUGAAUUUGGCAUUUCGCUCUGUUCCUACGAGUGCACGGGUUAAGAGCAUCAAUUGGAAGCCAUGCAAAUGCCCGAUCCAACCGGGAGGUCACGAGUGUGGAUAUUAUGUCAUGCGAUACAUGUAUGACAUCGUGACAAAAUAUUCAUCUGUUGAUAAUUUGGAUGGGGCAUUUGAAAGAGAUAGUCCGUAUUCUAUCGACGACAUAAAUGAGGUUCGAGAGCAUUGGUCAAAGUUCUUCUUUUCCGAGUGCUUGUACUCGGCCUCAUGGGGAAACAUAUGCCGGAACAGGGUUGGAUGGAGCGAUGUAGUGCCAAAUGGAGAUUUUUCCAAGUACUGGACACUAGAUUGUGAUGAUGCAAUCAAGCUGAAUGUUGGGCAAAGUUUUAGCACAUUGGAAGAGAGGAUCGAAUUAUACAGGCAUUAUGUUGGGGGUGGUUGGAUUUGA